AUGGCGCGCAGUUGGCGCCAGUUCUUCAGCUCGUGGUACAAGUAUUUCUUCAAUUUACCACUACUUCCGGAACUGGUGUUACUGUCCAACGACUUGAGUCUGUUGGAAGAGUUCAUGAAGUCGGCCGACGGGCACGCCAUGUGUACCGCGGAGGACGUGGAGGCCUAUAAAUACGUGUUCUCAAAGUAUAAUAGCCUCACGUGUCCACUCAAUUACUACAGGGCUGUGAUUAGGAAGUACCGGUGCGAACUGCCCCGUAGUUAUCAUAUCAAAGUACCGGCGCUCGUUAUUUGGGGCAAACGUGAUAUAGCAUUAGUGCCACAAUUAGCCGAAGUGCACCGGUAUGUGGACGACCUGACGGUCCAGUACAUCGAGAAUUGUUCCCAUUGGACACAACAGGAUCAGCCGGUGCUCGUCAAUCAAUAUAUGAGAGAUUACUUAACGAGAGAUUGAGUUUAAAACUUAAUUAAUUGAUAUGAUUUUAUAGCAAUCAAAUAUAA